GUGUGUGUGUGUGUGCGUGCGUGCGUGCGUGCGUGCGUGCGUGUGCGUGUGUGUGUGUGUAUGUGUGCGCUAACUGACAGAAUGAAAAGUACAUUGGGGGAGAGAGAGAGAGGUAAUGGAGCACAGCACUGUAGAGAGACAAAGAACAUAGCACCACAAAGUCUUUAUAAAAAUGUUUGCUUUAUGUUUUCUCCCGUCUUUCCUCUGGAAGUAGCAGCUGAGAGUUGUGAAGGUGUGAUGUGGGGUGCAUAGAGAGAGAGAGAGAGAGAGAGAGAGAGAAAGGAGGGGAGAAGUAAAUGUACUGCCUCUCCCUUUCUCCCUCUCCUCUUUUCCCUCAGUGUCUCACUUCUGUCGUAGCUCGGUUCGUCGGAUUCUCCGUGAGCCGAAGGAGAGGGAGGAAAGAGAAGGAAAAGAAGAGAAGAACGAGGAAGGAUCAGACGGAGAGGAUGGAUGAGGUGUUUGUGGGACCUAAACCCGGGCAAUUAAGUGCUGCAUUGUAAAGGGAGAGCAAAAUUGGAGGUGAAGAAGAAGAAGACCAGACCGAGGAGAAGAAAAGGAGAGAAGGGGGGAGGAGGAAGAGGAGGGGUUUUGGGGAAAUCAGAGAGCCACUUUGCCGGGAAGAUGAGAGAAGAGAGGGAGACGAGAAACAAGUGAGUGCAGAGCGGUGAAAGUUACUAAGAUUCCCAAAAAGACCGAGUUGGAAAAGAAGAGGAAGACAAGAAAGAAGUGAGAAAGUAGAAAGAGAGAAGAAGAGGGGAUAAGGAAAAGGAGGGGAAAAAAGAGGUCUGCCAAAUCUACAGCUUUACACUUGAAUCUGGUCAGCCGUCCGUCAUCCAGGAUGGACAAAGUGGAGCGAGUGAUGAAGAUGGUGAAGAGGACGCCGAGGAAGAAGAGAGGAGAAGGAGGAGGGAAAAGGGGAGGACCAGGAGAGCUGGAGAGCCCGGACACCCUGUGUGAUGAACUCUGCCGUUUCAGCCUCUGCAUUGGCGAUGACGGGCCGUAUGGAAAAACAAAGGAUAUCUCUGGACCAGAACAGACCAUGGCCUCGAGAAGACACAGUAUACCAGAAGCUCUGCGGGGGGUGACCAUGGUGGAGCUGGUGAAGAAAGAAGGCAGCACACUGGGCCUCACCAUCUCAGGAGGAACCGACAAGGAUGGAAAACCGCGGGUAUCGAACCUACGGCCUGGAGGAUUGGCAGCCAGGAGUGACCAGCUAAAUGUUGGUGACUACAUCAAGUCGGUGAACGGCAUCAAUCUGACCAAACUGCGGCAUGAAGAGAUCAUCAGCUUACUAAAGAACGUAGGAGAGAGAGUUCUGCUGGAGGUGGAGUAUGAACUGCCCCCUACAGCACCAGACAGCACCUCAGGGGUUAUAUCAAAGACAAUCGACAUCUGUUUGCACAAAGAGGGGAACAGCUUUGGUUUCGUGACGAGAGGUGGUACCCACGAGGACUGGCACAAGUCACGCCCCCUAGUGGUCACCUACGUCAGGCCAGGAGGUCCUGCAGACAGAGAGGGCACGCUGCGUCCCGGAGAUCGUCUCCUCAGUGUAGACGGCGUGCCGCUGCACAACGCCAACCACAGUGACGCCCUCAGCGUAUUGGCUCAGUGCGGCCAGGAAGCCCUGUUCCAGAUAGAGUAUGACGUCACUAUCAUGGACACAGUAACAAACGCCUCCGGUCCACUAUUAGUGGAAAUCGCCAAGUCGCCAGGAGCAAUGCUGGGUAUCACGCUGACAUCGGCCAAUCACCGAAACAAGCAGGUCAUUGUCAUCGACCGGGUUAAACCUGGCAGCGUGGUGGACAGAUGUGGAGCGUUGCAUGCUGGAGAUCACCUGCUGUCCAUAGACGGGACGUUGACAGAACACUGUACAGUCCUGGAGGCGACACAGCUCUUAGUGAGCACCACGGAACUGGUGAAAUUAGAAAUACUCCCCUCCCAUCAAACAAGGCUAACUGGGAAACAGCAUGACACAGUGAAGGUUCAGAAGUCAGACCACCCCCACUCCUGGGACCCCUGUGUGAACUACUGUCACCCUUCAAACUCCACCCUCUGCAACACGAGCGCCACCCUCAACAAGUCGUGGACCGCAGCAAAUAAUAACACCAUCAACAGCCUUGACUACUGCAAGUCUCUGGUAUCUGCCAGUUUCUCUCCCGGCUCUACGACUACAUCGGGCCCCAGUAGCCAGAGCUCCAACACCCUGCCCAGGCCUACGGUUCCCAUGAGUCCACGGAACUCGCUGCUCAAACGACGGCAGAGAAAGAAAGAGCACAAAAGCUCCCUGUCCCUGGCGUCCAGUUCAGUGGGACCGGGUGGUCAGGUGGUUCACGUAGAGACCAGUGAGAUCGUCCUAACAGGUGACCCACUCAACGGCUUCGGUGUCCAGCUGCAGGGAGGAAUAUUCGCCACUGAAACACUGUCCGCACCCCCGCUUAUCCGGUUCAUAGAGCCCGACAGCUCGGCAGAGAGGUGUGGCCUGCUGCAGGUUGGAGACCGUCUCCUGUCAAUCAAUGGAAUCCCCACAGAAGAUGGAACACUAGAGGAGGCCAAUCAGCUUCUCCGAGAUGCCGCGCUGACCAAUAAGGUCAUAUUGGAGAUAGAAUUCGAUGUAGCAGAGUCAGUGGUGCCUAGUAGUGGUACAUUCCACGUCAAACUGCCGAAGAAAAGAGGAGUGGAGCUGGGGCUCACCAUCAGUGCCAGUAAGAAGCCAGGAGAGCCCCUCAUCAUUUCUGACAUCAAGAAGGGCAGCAUGGCACACAGAACUGGAACACUGGAGCCUGGUGAUAAGCUGUUGGCCAUCGACAACAUCAGACUGGAGAAUUGUUCCAAAGACGAUGCAGAGCAGAUCCUGCUGCAGUGUGAGGAACUGGUCAAACUCAAGAUACGCAAAGAUGAAGACAACUCAGAUGAGCAGGAGACGUCAGGCAGCAUCAUCUACACAGUGGAGCUGAAGCGGUACGGAGGCCCUCUGGGUAUCACCAUCUCAGGCACCGAGGAGCCCUUUGACCCCAUCACUAUAUCCGGCCUAACGAAGAGAGGCCUGGCCGAGAGGACAGGGGCUAUUCAUGUAGGUGACAGGAUCCUGGCGAUCAACAGCGUCAGUUUAAAAGGCAAGCCCCUGAGUGAAGCUAUCCACCUGCUGCAGAUGGCUGGAGAGACGGUCACCCUCAAGAUAAAGAAACAGCUCGACAAUGUAGAGGAGGGGAAGUCAGCAGAGGCAGAGGACACAACAGAGAAUGAGCUCAGUGACCCUGAGGAGGACGAUUUGACGGACAGCCAACAGACCAAUAAGCUGUCAGAGCUCUACUCCACAACCAUACCCAGCGUGGACUCUGCCAUGGAGUCGUGGGAUGGCUCAGGGCUGGACGCCGGCUAUGGCAGCCAGGGUACAUACAGCCACCAGGCAGCUGGUAUUGCCCUCCACCCUCAUGAAUGGCGUAGUGCCAAGCUGCAGCGCAGCACCACACCUCCUCCCGGACGCCGGAAGAACUACCCUUUCAGUGACGGAGGCUUCAGUGAGGAUGACUGGGAUAAACCACCUGGAUUUAUUGGCCAACAACCAGACGGUAUUCUGUUGGAUCCUGAUGACAGUUUCUGGUGUCAGGCACUUGAAGAUCUUGAGACCUGCGGUCAAUCAGAACUGCUCAGAGAGAUAGAGGCAUCCAUCAUGACAGGAACAGCCAUCAGUCUGGGUGUAGAUGGUGUCAGCAAGCCCUCGGCUGAGCCCAUACUGAGUCACAGCAGGAUGAGCCCGUUGCGGAGAAAUUCUCUCCUGCACCAGGGAAACCUGCUCCACCAGGGUACACACCUCCACCAGGGGGCCCAUCUGCACGAGGAGGCCCACCUGCAUGAACAGGCCCAACUCCACCAAGAAGCCCACCUGCUACAGGAGGCCCAUUUCAACCAUGAGGCCCACCUGCACCAUGAGGCCCACCUGCACCAUGAGGCCCACCUGCACCAUGAAGCCCACAUCCACCAAGAUAACCAGUCCCCUCUCCUGCAUCAUGAGCCCAAGCCAAAGGCCUCAUUGAGAGUGUCAGAGAGGACGUGGGAGUCUCGUCGGAUCAAAGAGGAGAUGCAGGGGAUUCUGUCCCCGACGCCUUUGGAGCUGCACAAAGUAUGUGUAAUAAAGGACCCAGAGAUCGACGACUUUGGCUUCAGCGUGUCGGACGGCUUCUUGGAGAAAGGCGUUUACGUCAACAUGAUCAGACCUGAUGGGCCCGCUGACCGAGCCGGGCUCAAACCCUACGACAGGAUCCUGCAGGUGAACCACGUGAGGACGAGGGACUUUGACUGCUGCUUGGCGGUGCCUCUAAUCACAGAGGCUGGGGACAGACUGGAGCUGGUCAUCAGUCGCAACCCACUGGCAAACGAUGACGACGAUACGGAGGACAAUAACAACACUUUAGACCACCCGCUAGACCUGUAACAGACACACAGAGAGAAAGACAGACGAAUCUCUACACAUACAUGCAUUCACUUUGUCACACUCAGGUAGGAAACAUACUAUAACUGGUGAUGAAGUGCAAAGUUACAUCUACUGGAACUGGCCCUAACACACACACACACACACACACACACACACACACACACACACACAGACACACACUCCACUUGCUUGCAAUAAUUCUAUGUAAACACAGAGACUCCUUCAUGAACAGACACACACUUGCAUGCUCACACAGUUGGCCCUUCCCAUUCACACUGGUUUGAAAUGCUGUCAAACAGUAUCAUUUUGUGUGGAAGCACUAGCACAGCGCGGAGAAACUAGCUGAGACACUCUCCUGAAGGCUGGCUGGGAGUCCUCACAGUGUUGUUCCAACACGAACAACCACCUAGUCGGCCCUUUAACGAGCAAUUAACUGAUUCGGACUCAUUAAAUAUUGUUUUUACUUAAAACAAAUGAAUAAAAGGUAAUGUUAGCUGUAUUUAAUGGCAGUCCACAGGUUUAUCUAGUGCUGAUGGUGCCAGAGGGAUAUGCCUUAUUACACAAUAUUGUAAGUGAUUUUAGGAGAUUUCUAGUGAAACUGUAUUGAUGAAAGAGAGAAACUGCCUUGCUCAGUUUGCAGAUUUCAUUUGUUUUAAGAAAGGCUAUUAAAACUCACUAGAAGAUUGAACCAACAGUUUCUAAAGGAACUGUCGGACUGGGGUCUAGACAGAUGUAGCCAUUGUAGAAGUCCAUGUUGCUGCAAAGAUUCUGCUCAAAUACUGCUGCUUCAUUGCAAUUCCCAAGAGUAAUUAGUAGGUAAGGUCACGUUUAGCUUUAUAUAUAUAUAUAUAGACAAGGUCAAGACAAUGAUGUCUUGAUUCAAUUCAAUGAUGAAAGGAAGAGAUAGACAGGAAGGAAUUGCUUUCCUCUCCUGAUCAAACAUGGCAUCUUAAGAGGAUUUGUUAGCAAAGGCAACUUUUGCCGCAACACACUUGGGAAGCUGUGCUCGUAGAGAUGCCCCGGAGAAAACUGUGUUGCCAACAGAAGAACAUUUUCCUGCAACAUUUUGAGAGAUUAUUGAUCCUUUUCUUUUUUGUUUUUUUUUGCAAACUGCUGGGAGAGUUGCCGAUCAACAUUGCCCAAUAUGUCACUCCAGUUGUCUGAGUGCACUGGGUUCAUCUCAUCUCAUCUCAUUGCUGGCCUACAAAGUCAAAGAGCAGUAGCUACUAUGUAUGCAUUUGACAUAUCAGAGCUCAUGAUUACUCUAGGGUAUAGGUUCACAAUAAUCAGAAUGAACAUCUAUUUAUGCCAUAAGGUGCUGUGUGUAGCACAUAUGAGAAAUUCAUGACCACAUUAGUUUUGUUCAAUAAAGCAAUGUUCAUAAACAACAAAGCGAGCUAAAGCUUGUGAAUAUCUGGUGAAAACCAAUGAUAGAAGAAAUGAAAGGUGUGGGAGCAUUUCUCCAACAUGGUUUAUCUUUACAGUAAACAGACUGUAGUGUAAUAAAGGAUCUAUUUGUAAUUUACAAUGCUAUCAAAACAAUUCGCCCAGGCAGUCAAUACCGACGACGAGUGCUGACUCAACAUGACUAAAGAGCCAAAGAUACAUUACUCAGGAGGAGCUGACACUAUUUUUGAAGGUUCACGUUUUCCCCUGCAUGAUGUGAUUUAGCCUUGAAGUGGAAAUGAAACUUUCAACCAAGUUGAGCUGGUUCACUAAAUGGAUUUCCACUCUGAUGAACUGUUAUAUAACAAACGUUCGUGGCAAGAUGUUGCAGUACUCUAGCCUGUGACGUCAUGAGGUUGGUUGGCUCGGCUGAGUAACACAGAUACAAGAGAGACCGUGAAUGAUGGAGACUGAGGAGACACAGGACAGAAGAAAACAAAAGAGGGGACACAUUUGUAUUUUUCCUGGAUGUAAAGAUGAGUUAUACAAUGUUAAAACGCUCCGUGGUGUCCGUCGGCUUGGGAGUAUAACAGAGUGAGUGAGUUAGUUGAAGGAGAACACAAGUAGCAUUAGGCCGUGAGAGUAAGUGAGUAGGUUUUACUUUGUGACAGUAGUUUUGGUAUGCUGAUGUAAGUUACGUAAACAAACGCUAUAACCCGGGCUUCAGAAUAAAGUAGUGCUUUCAGCGUUCAUUUUCUUAGCGACACGGUCUUUGAACGGUCUGAAUGAGAAAGCAGAGGAGGACAGACAGGUGAUCAGGGACUGAGAGGACGGGAGAUGGGGAGACAGAGACAGGUGGUCAGGGACUGAGAGGACGGGAGAUGGGGAGACAGAGAGCUGCAGCUGGACUCCGUGCCUGUUUGUGGGCUAUUUCAGUGCCACUAGCCAGCGCUGCAGUACUGAUCUCAGAUUAUGAAAUGUACUGUUUUGUCCAUAUUUAACAUUGUAAAACUCAUCUUUACAUCCAGGAGCAAUACAAUAGUGACCCCUUUUUGUUUUCGUCUGUCCUAUGUCUCCUCGGUCUCUGUCUUUCACUUUCUCUAGCGUUGUAUCUGUGUAACUCAGCCGAGCUAACAACCUCGUGACAUCACAGGCUAGAGUACUGCAACAUGGCGGUGCUCUUGCCACCAAAGAUGAAACAGAUCUUCUUUUUUCUUUUAAAUGCUGACAUUUGUCCUGUUUGUUAUAUAAUAGUUCAUUAGUGUGGAAAUCCAUUUAGUGAACCAGAUUAACUUGGUUGAACAUUUCAUUUCCACUGUAGUGCUUUACACUGGCUACACCACAUAUUGCUGCUUAAUUAUAGAUUGUAAAAUAUACAAUCAUAGCUAAGCAUGUUUGGCGGUAUUGUAUGUGCAUAGUUCUUUCACUAGAUUCAGACAGUAGAUUGGUAGUUCCACCGAUGAUGCCUAUGUCAAGAAUUUUGGACACCAGUGUGAACAACAAUUCAAAAACAAUGAACACCCUCUUUGCUACAGGGAGCAACAGGGUUCACAUGCAAUUCAGUUUAAGUUUGAAACAAAUCUACAAGUAUCAACAGCACCACUAUUUUGGAAUAGAUGCUACUAAUAACCACCAUCACAGUCUCAUUUAUAUCAAGCUAUGACAACAAUUUAGACAACUAAUGUUUAAAAUGUUCCAUAUAGCACCUUCAAAUGAUGUCUACAGUACAGAUCAACCAUGAACUCUAAAGUGUUACUGCUGUUUGGCUUCGUAGGGAAGACUGUCCCUUUUGUGGUGCAACGAUCUUGAACAAAAUUAAGGGCAUCAUCUGCGAACAUAGAGAUUGAAUUAGUCCGGAUGCUGAAGAGAAGUACCAAGCUGUUCAGACUAGGAACAAGUCACACACACACAUGCAGACAUUCUUACAAAGCAAGCAGCAUGUACAGAUAACAAGGACAUGAAACAAUGCACUUUGGGUGCAUGUCAUAUGUGUUUGUCAUAACGUUUGUUGACGUUUCUGUGCAUCUGGCUGUGUUGUAUUCCUGCAUCGCUGUUUCUGAUGUGUAUGUACAUGAGUGUGUUGGUACAUUUCUAUCUUUGUGGGUGUAUCUGAAAGGGAGCAUACACAUGCUGUUACCCACUCGACUUUAGACAGAACUUUUUUACAGAACUGUAGCUUUUGUCCUCUAAUUCCUAUUUUUCCUAUUAUUAUUUCUUAUUUCAACUUUGUUUCUGAGAAAUCAUGUUUGGGCCAUCAGUUUGGCGUAGCAGACGGUGAAAGUAGCUCACAGCACUCGCCCCAAAAGUCACUAAAUCUAGCGAGAAAGUCGCCAAAUCGGCAACACUGACAACCUGUCCCUUCAGGCCUCCCUCCAAAGCCACUUCCCCAAAAUGAUCAUUAUGAACGUAAACAUAUCAUAAUGAAUGGAAGUAAUGAACGUGGCUAUUGUGAGUACUCACAGCUGUCAAGCUAGCAGCUUGUGGAUUACUCCGUUGAUGCGCAAUGAGUGCACGGACAUAGUGCACGCAAGUAGGCAGGAAGGUAGACAGGCAAGUAACCCGUCCAAUCAUUUCAUUCCUAAUGAUUGGAUUAUUACAGUCCUGCGACAGCCACAGACACCACAUUUUUUUUUUCCUUUUUGUUGGAGCAC